CUGAUAUUGUCCUGAUAUCUGUAUUCUUCCUAUAUUCUCUUCUUAUAAUAGGUAUCUAAGGAUGUUCGCGGACUCCCUCGCGGCCUCCCCCGACCUCUUCGCCCGCGUCCUCCCGAAAGUCUUCCUCGACAAACACCUCGCCCUCGACCCUCCCCUCCGCCCUUCUCUCCGCCCACCGCUCGCCUUCCGCGACUGCAAAAUCAACACUGACGCGAUCCCAAACACCGUCGGCUCGGCGGUGGUUCGCAUGGGCGAUGCCGUCGCCAUCUGCGGCAUCACCGCCUUCGUCCACGACGCUCCUUCCUCCUCCUCCUCCUCCUCCCCCCCAACGCUCUACACAAACAUCGAUCUCGUCGGCAGAGGAUCUUCCCCCCCGCUGCCAGAGUACAUGGCCCUCUCGCACUCCAUCUUCGAGGCCGCUGCUGCUGCUCGUCUCUAUGAUCCCGCGCAGCUCCGCAUCAACGACUUUCAGACUCUGGUUCUCCAGGCUCAGAUCCAGCUGCUCAGUCCAACCUGCCAGGCUGACGUAGCCUGGGCUGCUCUCGUCUCUGCCCUCCGCUCUACUCUACUUCCCACCAUCCUCCCUUCUGAUGACACUGAUAUCAACAACAACGACUCCGACCCGCUCUUUUCAUCUACACAGACAACUCCUCUCCUCCUCUCCCCCUCAUACACCUCCUCCCUACCCUGGUGCAUCAACUUCGGCCUCGCCCGCGACAACCUCAUCCUCGCAGACAUCGACGGCAGAGUCGAAGAUCUCUCCAUAGACUCCCGACUAACCCUCAUCCUCUCUGCAACCACCGACGACGACAGUCUCAUCUCUGUCUCCCUCUCCUCCGGCUCAAACGCAUUCACUAAACAGAUCGUCAAGCAAUGCGUCGACCUCGCUCGCUCUCGCGCUGCUCAACUUGAUCGCAUCCUACUCAGUCAAAUAUAGCUGU